AAUCAGUUGGUGUCAGUCAGCUGCAGCAACAGGCCAAAAAGGUAUUUUUCUCUCAGGAGUGGCACAGAAUUAGCUCUGUUGGUCAGUUUAUAAUUAGGCACUUGCACCUAACAGUAUUCUUUCUGUUGGAUUUUUAUAGUUUUGUCUCUCCUUUUUUAAAUGUGAAAAAUAAUCAGGCUUAAAAUAAAAUAAUGUAAAAACAAAAUCAAAAUUACCCUGGAAAGAGUGCUUAUAAAAAGAGAAAAUCCUUGCCAGAGGGAUGCCACAAGCCACAGAAAGCCCAGCCUCAGGCCUCCCUUUUCCGCAGCUACUCAGAGGUUAACCAGGGUCUGGAAGCAAACAGCUUGAAGGAGCCCAGCUUAGUGCCUGGGUGUCUCAGGCUGUCCCAGGGACCGCCAGCCUAAUGCCCUUCCAGCAGCCCUUCCCUCCCUCCCUCCCUCCCAAAGGCGAUGCCAGGCAAACAGAGCCAGCCCUCGCCCUCCCCGCGCAGCAGGGAGCCCGCUACGGCACACACCGGACCCGUGCUGGGCUCGGGACCUCGCAGAAGAGGGUGUUUCGCUGCAGACGGGCGCAGAGCCAUGUGUAUAUAAAGCCAGGCGGCGGGCUGGGGAGGCUGCCUAAGCACAACCGCACCUCGGCUCGCUCGGCAGCCCAGCGGCUGAACCCCGGCGCACCGGAGCGUGACAGCGACCUGCCCAUGGGCUCCCGCCUGCUGCUGGCACUGCUGCUGCUCCAGGCAGUUUGGAAAGGUGCUCUGGGAAAAUCCCAUUCACUGCACACCCGAGGAAUCAUUGAAUUGGCAGGAGCUAUAUCGUGUGGUACAGGACGGUCUCCCUUGGCGUAUAUUGGCUACGGAUGCUACUGUGGACUGGGAGGACAUGGCUGGCCUAAAGAUAAAACAGACUGGUGCUGCCACAGGCAUGACUGCUGCUAUGACAAGGCAGAGAAGGAAGGCUGCAGCCCCAAGGUGCAGCGCUACCAGUGGGCAUGUGAGCAGAACGCUGUGCAGUGUGAUAACCUGACAGAUCGGUGUGAAAAAAUGGUGUGCCUAUGUGACCAAGAGGCAGCCAAGUGUUGGGGAGCAGCCCCAUACAACCCACACUUUGUCCUCUGGCCAGACUUUUUAUGUGGACAGACUCAUCCCACCUGCCAUUUUGGAUAUGGGGGGCCAGAGUAGGUUUUUUUAGGACCUUUCUUAUAACCCUUUGAAUCUGAAGGCACUGGAAUAAAAUUUUACCUUUUUUACCAGGGAUAACAA